CUUAGCAUAAAUCAGCUGUUCAAUUGUCUUGUUUUGACGCUUCCAAUUGUUUACAAUUUCAGCAGGGAUUUUUGUUGUAGUUAUAUUACUCCGUAAAGUUAUUAAACAAAAAAGUUUAUAAGCUAGGCUGCUCCAGAAUAACCAUAUAAAAAGCAGGGAGUUUUGCCCGCGUUUCCGUUUUUGCCAACUGCGCAUCAUGUUUUUGUUAUGGAACCGUUCAUUUUCUCGGAAUGCAAAUCCUGCCGCGGAACGUACACGCGAAACUCUAGGUGAAGAUUUUGUGCGAAAAUUAGAUGCAUUGCACGAUGACGCCUUACGCACGGGCCUAGUUACUACCGCAGAUUUACAGGAAGCAUACAGAAAGUCACGCGAUGCUGAUCGCAAUCCAAAUAAAAUAAAUUUAUGGUACGUGCUGGGCAUCCUAGCCUUCAUAAUGAUAGUGACGCCCGUAUUCUAUGAACUAAUUACAUUCCUCUUGGGUGUGCGUUGCUUUUUACCCAAUAAUUAUAUUGUGUGGGAAGCAACGCGGCCUAUAAGUGAUUGCGGUUUUUGCAGAGAUGUUUCCGGACCAAAGGUUUUGCAAAAUAUGACACGUGAAGAGUUUGCACCUUAUGCGUAUUCAUCACAACCUAUUAUAAUAAAAAAUGCAGUGGCACAUUGGGCUGCUAAGAAGAUAUUAAAUUUUGAUUAUCUUAAAAACCUAUAUGAACACAUACCUGGCGCGAUCGAUGAGGAUUGUCCCUUCCUGCAUUUUCGCUCAGACUUCAAGUCCUUACGUGAUGUGCUUGCCAUGCCGAGCGCACGCUCUAAUUUAUCAGCAGGACAGACACCUUGGUAUGUCGGCUGGAGCAAUUGCCAUCCA